AUCCACAACGUCCCCCUCCGCUUGUCCAUAGCCCUUCUCUAUUUAUCUCCUCCAUCUAACCUCAACUUCCAAUGGCACCCAAACCCGCUUCCACUGCCGGCAAGGCUCCUGCUUCUACCGCCUCAAAGGCGCCAGCCAAAACCACUGAGGGUGCUAAGGGUGCGAAGAAGACUUCCAAGGCUGCUGCUGGUGGAGAGGAGGCGAAGAAGAAGCGACGAAAGACCAGGAAGGAGACCUACUCUUCUUACAUCUAUAAGGUCUUGAAGCAGGUGCACCCUGAUACGGGUAUCUCCAAUAAGGCUAUGGCCAUUCUCAAUUCUUUCGUCAAUGACAUCUUCGAGCGUAUUGCCACAGAGGCGUCUAAACUCGCCUCGUACUCCAAGAAGUCAACAAUCUCAUCUCGUGAGAUUCAGACGGCUGUUCGUCUCAUUCUUCCUGGCGAACUUGCCAAGCAUGCUAUUUCAGAGGGUACCAAGUCUGUGACGAAGUUCUCGAGCGCGGGUGCCAAGUAAUCGUUUGCGUCAGAGGGUUAUCUUGUCUCAUUGUUGUAUUUGCAUAUCAAUUCUGUAUUCUAGUUCGAUUUCUACUUCUACUGUACGGAUAUCUCUGAUAACUCCUAUUUGUCUGGG